AAUCAACAUGUGUGAGUCAAGCUUAGUCUCAUAAAAGCGUGUGAAGCAAUGCUGUAUUCCUGUGUGGUCUGAGCAUAAACGAGAAGUGAAGACUUCCCUUUGAAUACAUCUGUUGUUCUUGCCAUUCAGACACCACAGUCAGCAUUUAAACUUGCAGCAUGAGCAUCUCCGAUGAGCGCGUUCCCUCAGAGACGAUGGCCACUAGGGAGUUAGAUGGUGGGACAGUAGGGGCUUGCGUGAUCUUGGGUUUGUCCUUCUUGGUUGGGGCUCCCGGGAACGUGUUUGUGAUCUGGACAAUCUUGAGGCACGUUAAGCAGCGCUCUCACACCGUGGUGACCAUCCUGCACCUGGCCGCUGCAGAUUUGCUGGUCCUCGUCACUCUGCCGCUGUGGAUCUACUCGUUGGCGCACUCGUGGGUCUUUGGGGAAGCCUGCUGCAAAGCCAUGGUGUUUGUGAUCAACGCCUGUAUGUACAGCAGUGUUUUCAUCAUAACGCUUAUGAGUUUGGAGCGUUUUGUUGCUGUGCGUUACCCCUUUGCGUCAGUUAACUGGAAGAAAAAAAAAGCAAUGAACAAAGUUCUUUUGGCUGUUUGGACUGUAUCGUUCUUGUUCAGCAUACCUGUCAUCCCAACUCAGAUAGUCGAUACGGAUCUUGGACAGGAGCAGUGUCUGUACCGCAAUUACACCUCCACAACUCAAGAGCUUCUGUGUCUGCUGCUUGAGACAGUGUUGGGUUACAUUUUACCCUUCUCCAUCCUUGUGAUCUGCUAUGGCUGCCUGUGCAGCCGCAUCACUCAGAUGACUUUCAGGUCGAAACGCAAGUCCACCGUGGUGAUCGGAAGCAUUGUGAUCGCGUUUGGCAUCUGUUGGACACCCUACCACAUUGGAAAUCUUCUGUCGCUCGUCAUCCUGGCCAUGCAGGAUUCCUACAAAGAUGCAGCGGAUAAUCUGGAGAACAUCAGGAGCACAAUGGCAACCAUUGCAGGAGCCUUGGUCUUCAUCAGCAGCACUAUCAACCCCAUCCUCUAUAUGUUUGCAGCUCGCUCAUUCAGAGAAUCCCUGCGUGAAACUGGCAUCCAGAAGCUCUUCCGUCACAUCUCCAGCACCUCCCCAGGUGAGGGCAACAGGGAGGUGUCCUUUGUGACCAAGAAGCACAGCAACCAGUCUGAAACCUCACAGUGUGUGGUCGAUUCAAAUGUCCAAAUGGAUGUUUUGUUGAAAAUGUGCGAAGAUGCACCAUCCUGAUGCUGAAAUUAUAUGAAAGCGUUAUUGGUGUUCUCUUUGUGACAACAUAUUUAUUAUACGAUAUUGGCUCUACUUUCCUAUUUAAAGCAAAACAGCUUUUUUCAUUUCUUUAAUGCCAAGAAAGCGUGUUACUCUGAUUACAUAACUGAGGUGUUUUGUUGCUUGUGGAAACAAAAGUGCUUCUUUUUUUGCCGUCAUUCCUCACCACUUCUCAUUUUCCACACUUAUGUGGCAAUGACCUUUUUCUUGCAUAACUCGUCUGUUCCACACCUUAAAGACAUGUGAAUGUGUUGACCAUUUUUGCACUUAGAUAUCCUUAAAGUUUGUUCUGUUCAUGUAUUGUUUUUUUAACGAAAAGUUAGCAGUCAGAUAAAAUAUAAAAUAUAGAUUUGUCUAAAGUUGUCUUGUUGCAAUAACACAAAAUCCAAGGUUUCCACUUCCUCUCCACACGGAGAUUGCCAAAUAAAAAAAAGACGUACAUUUCUGUCAUGGGGCUGCAAAAAGAGGAAUUGAGCCCAAGUUUUUGUCUUCUAACUUAAAGCAGAGUCUUAGAAUGAGGUCAUUGUUCUUCUUGCACUUUUAUUCAACUAUGUAUAUACAAACAUAUUUAUAUGUGUACGGGUUGUUUUUGAUCAUUAAAUUGGGCCAACUUCUGUUGAAGUUCAAUGCUGACCCAAUCAACUUACAUAAAAAUCAAUAAAUAUUGCUUACCUGACA